UCUCUAUUGGGCAGCGCUUUUGUGAAGUAAAUGUGCAUGUGAUCAGGGCACAAUCGCGCACAUCUUUUACAUACCUGUACUGUGCACCACCUGUCGCUCGCGCCACUGACGCAGCUGGUCAUAUUUGCCAUUCCCUAAAUUUGUUUUAGGUCAACGGCAUAGUUAGAAGAUAUGGGAGUGAAAGCACAGAGUGUCACAAAUGGACAAAGCAGAGCAGAAAGCCUUUCGUUUGACUUUACGUCUUGGUGGCGCCACGACAUUAUAUCGACCUGUUUUUCAAACAGACAGAACGUUUGCAUCUCGACCGGACUCGUCUGUUUGUCCGUGCUUCUUUUGAUAAUAUCCUGUUUUAUGCUGGUAUGUCUGAGAUGCAGAGGCCGGGACAGGAAUUCCGGCAAGGAGGCAGCCUGUGUCCUCUACUGUUUCUUUGGCAAUUUGUGCAGCACCAUCGGGGCAUUUCUCUCCAAUCAGCUGGCUCUUCAGGUCAUAAUGGGUGGUUUUAUGGCAGCUGUAGAAGUUAUUCAUUUCAUCUCCAUCUUCCCGUUAUUUUUGCGUUGGAACACCAGAGCAGAGAAGAGGCUGAGGAUGAUGAAGAGGAGGAGGAGGCAGAACUUCAUGGCUGUGUCUCUGCUGUUGGUGGUGGGUGGAGGGAGCUACCUAACCUCCAGGACCAGCCAUGGGCUUGUAGACAGACCUCUCACUGGGAGAAGACUUCUUCUCACUGACCUCCUGCAUGACCGUAUGGAGGUCCUCGGUUACAUUCUUGGUCUGCUUUCUUUUGUGAUUGCCUGGACCUCUAAGUUCCCUGACCUCUCCAGAGCACACAGAGGGGAGAGUUCAAGGGCACACGUGUCCUCUGGGUUGCUGUGCUCUUUGGCCGGUGCCCUCUACACCUCGGCCAUAUUACUUUACGACACCCAGUAUGAGUUUGUACUGAGAGCCAUGCCGUGGCUCCUGGCGUCAACGUGCUGUGCAGCCCUGGAUCUUGCUAUUGUGGUCCUGUCCUGGUGUAGGAAGGGUACCCCUGAGCAGCAGCCUAGAGGGGGUUCUCCAGAUACAGAGAGUCUCCUGGGCGGCUCCUCCCCCCCCGGUCAGCACAACCCCAGUGGGAAGACAAAACAAAAACACCCAUUGGACUUGGAUGGAGCACCUCCCCGGGUUCUCUCCAGUAAGAAGAAUCUAAAGUUUGCUGACAUGGGGCAUUACAUGGAUGUCAACAUUCAACCCGUGCGAAAGGUGUGUCUAAAGGAGGUGACUCUCUCUAGGGAGGAGGGGGUUUCAGAGAGCCAUCCCCUCAGGAGGACAGUGAGGGUAGUGAGAGUGGAUGAACCCUGCACCUCCGACACGUUCUCAGACUCCUCAUCCCUCAACUCGGAUCUGGAGUGGGAUUUUGAAGACGCAAAUGCACAGUGGAACAAACUGCUAAAAGAGAACGUGGAUGGGUUUCCCCUGCAAGAAUGGCCGACGAACCCAAGCCCAAAACCCACCUGCAGCUGUGGUGGCAUCAUUUGACAGGCUGGGAAGCGGGUAUAAAGCAGAGUGGGUGAAGUGGUGUGAUAAUUUCAAACACUGGUACAUGACCUGGUGACACUUCCUCAUUACAUCACAUGGUCAGAUCUGUGUUUCGGAUUGUGAAUAUGAAAGAGAAUAAAAGUGCAAAAAUUGAUUUUCC